AUGAAAAUUAAAAAACAUCACAAACAAAUUUCAAAUGUUCCUCAAAAAUCAACUUGUUUAAGUUUUGGUUCAAAAGAUCAUCCUCAAUCUAAAUGUCGUUUUCGUAAUGUUAUCUGCCACAAGUGUAACAAAAAAGGCCAUACUGUUAAAGUUUGUCAUUCAAAAGCAACUUCAAACCAAUUCAAGGUAAAUACUAUUUUUUCUAUAUUAAAUGAACAUAUUAUAGGUGAUCAUCCAAUACAAAUUCCUAUUCAAACUGAUGGUGUAAAAGUUAAUUUUGAACUUGAUACUGGUUCUCCUAUUACGAUUAUCAAUGAAUAUGUUUGGAAAUUAAUGGAAAAACCAAAAUUAUAUCUAGUUAAAUUAACUUAUAAUAGUUUUGCAGGUCAUCCUAUUCCUUUUAAAGGGGAGAAAAUGGUCAAGGUCAACUAUAAUGAUCGAUGUGCUCAAUUACCACUUGUUAUUUAUGCUAUUGUUUCCGAUUCAUCAAUACAAAAUAUUAAUUCUGAAUUUAAAAAUUUAAAUGAUUUACUUAUUCGUUAUGAUGAUAUAUUUAAAGAUGGUUUAGGUUGUUGUAAAAUGAAACCUCAUCUUCAUAUUAAACCAAAUGUUAUUCCAAAAUUUUGCAAACCUAGAUCUUUACCAUUUGCUUAUAGUCAAGCUGUUGAAAAUGAUUUAAAUCGACUUGUUACUGAAGGUGUUUUAGAACCAAUUACUGUUUCAAAGUGGGCUGCACCUAUUGUUUUAAUGGAAACAUCCGAUUAA